AAGAUUGAACUUUGUCCGGAUUUUUGCAGUCCUUAGUUGAAUUUUCUCCAUUAGAGUUCAUGAAUCAAAACCAGUAACAAUUUAUCAGAUAUGAUGGAAAACAAGUCAACUACUACAUACUAGAAGCAAUUCACUCGUAAAGUUCAACCAAUGAAAAUAGCUCUCAUUCUUCUCAUAAAUCGGCGCAGCUGGCUCCGAUACGAUCGCGACUUCUGCUGCCAGCGCAGUGUAGCAGAUGAUGACUCGCGUCGUCCUUUUCAGUCGAUGACUGUGUCUGUCCUGACACAGAAAAUCGAGGAUGCGCUCUCCAAAUUUAUUCCUGGAUCUCAGUACUACAAAAGUUGAGUCUUAUUAUUAUUCUUAUAGAACAAGACAAGGAAACUGGAACUCUAUCAGUGGGCUCUAUGUUGAAAGAUCUCUGCUGUUGUGUAUUGAUGUUGCAACUCAGUUGGACAGUAGACCGUAGCUAGAUCGUGGUGGAAGUGAACCCUUGCGAGUAGAUGCCUGCACUCGAUGUUUCGCCUCAAUAGAAAUCUUCGAACUCGUGCUGCAGAGGUGUCAGCGAGCACCUUUCGUCU